GUAGCACUGCCGGAAGUCAUUAUUCAGAUCUGGGUUCCUAUUUCCUGGUCCAAAGCUCAUCAGUAAUGGAAAUGCCAGAGGACUUUCUCGCCUAUUUGGGCCUUUUGACCUCUCCAACCUGAGUUGCACGAGUUCUCCUCCUUGUGUGGGGUAAGAGACUUCGGUGUCGCCUGUCCAACAAUCAGACGCAGGAGACAUAGCGGUCUGCAGUUCUUAGAGCAUAGAAAGGAUCUCCUGGCUGAUUUAAGUCUUCUUGCUCGUCCCUGAUCUGGGUGUGUUUCUUUCCAUUAUUCUCGUCCUUCACUGACCAAUUGACCUGAAAUCUACCAAUUUCAACCUUGCACAGCCUAUUAUCUCACUCAUCCUUUUCUCUCCUCCCAAAAUGUCCGUCAGAAAGUUGAAGGUUGGCUGCGCAGGUCUCGGUCGCAUGGGCAAGCGCCAUGCCCUGAACUUUUUGGAGCGCACGCCGCGAGCAGAAUUGGUUGCUGCCAGCUCCCCGGACGAUGCAGAACUAGAGUGGGCAAAGGUUCACCUUGCCCCCUUCGGAGUGAAGCUGUACAAAAAUUACGACGACAUGCUCAAGCACGAAGGCCUCGAAGCUGUCGUUGUGGCUUCUGCCACUGCCGUGCACGCGGAACAGGCAAUCAAAGCUAUGGACGCCAACAAGCAUGUCCUCUGCGAGAAGCCGCUGUCCACAAGUGUUGAGAUUUCACAAACCGUCCUCGACGCAGCCGCCCGAAAGCCCGAACUCAAGGUCAUGUGCGGGUUCUCCCGGCGAUUCGACGCUUCAUACCGCGACGCGCACAAGAAGAUGACCCAGGGCUCCAUCGGCUCGCCGUCCGUGAUGCGCAGCCAGACCUGCGACAAGCUCGACCCCACCGGCUUCUUCGUUGCCUACGCGGAGUUCUCCGGCGGCAUCUUCGUCGACUGUUCGAUCCACGAUAUCGAUCUGGCGCUCUGGUUCUUCGGCCAGGACAGCAAGGUCAAGUCCGUCUCAGCCGUGGGCAUCACGGCGGUAGAGCCGGACCUCCGCAAACACAACGACCGCGAUAACGCGGUGGGUCUGGUCGAGUUCUACAAUGGCAAGAUUGCGUACUUCUACGCCUCGCGCAUGAUGGCAGCGGGCCAGGAAGAUACCACCGAGAUCAUCGGCACCCGGGGCAAGCUCUCGGUCAACACUCAGCCGGCCAUGAACCAUGUCAACAUCUUCGACAGCACCGGCGUGCGUCGAGAGAUUCCGCAGAACUACUACGACCGUUUUGAGUACGCAUUCGUCACGGAGGCUAACGAGUUCACGGCCGCAUGCCUGGACAACAAAGACGUCCCUGUGAAGCUCGAGGGUGCUGUCCAAGCUGUUCGGAUAGGAUGCGCUCUCCAAGAAUCUCUGAUUACCGGUCAGAAGAUUUUCUUUGAUGAAGCCGGCAAUCGUGUCGAUAAGCCGAGGCUUUAAACCAUUGAUCUAUUUCUGGUAAUUGCAUGAUUGCAUAGUAUAUAGAUUAGACAUCAAUUUACGAACUGAACUACGAG